GAUAGCUCUAGACGUCAAGUAAAGCAGUAAAAACUCCUUUAUUCUGCCAGCGUGACCAGCGCCAGUGGGGAAGUUAGCCUAGGGGACUAAAAGAAGUAACGCCAUCUUGGUGGGACUCUGGUGGUACUCACACACCUUGCGGUCACUGGGAGAGAAGUACAUACUGUACAGCUCUAUUCACCUAGACAAGGUCCGUGGGACAGCAUCCAGCUAGACGAGGGUGGGACUCUGGUGGUACUCACACACCUUGCUGUCACUGGGAGACACAAUGUCCCUCCGCCACGAUGGGGAACCCUCUCCCUGUUCUUCAAGAGCUUUGCGGCUAAGGAAUAAAUCUGGCAGUGAUGUACCUGCUAAACGGGUCAGGAUGGAUGAAGAGCAGGAAUCAGCUGAUGAGGACCAGGUGACAACAGACGAAGAAGAGGUCACUGAUGAGGAGACAGAUGAACUGCUCUAUGACACCACUGUGCUCAUGUGUGGGCUUGUAUGUUGCAAGAAGGAGCUGAAGCUGCCUAACAGGUCACACUAAGUGUGAAGGAGGUAGCUAAAUACGCUAGGCAACAGAACUCUCCACUACCAAAAACCCCGCAGGGGAAUUCGUGUUCGUGUCUGGAGCCCCCAAGAAUGUGCCAUGUUCAGAUAUAAAAACACAUCGAGGUGUAGUUUCACCACAAAAGUAAGCACCACAAGCAGUUCCCAAUUAUCGGGAAGCCAACGAACUCUAUAGCUGCCUGAAAUAGCACCUUCCAACAUGAGGGGAAUGGGGAGCACAUAUCUUUUUCUCAGAAGUGCAACUACACAAUGGUCAAGGGUAAGCUGAAUUUACAUCCUGUGAGUGCAUACCCAAAUCUGAGUAAGAUUCAGGAGGCUACACGAACAAUAAGCUUCUUGCAGCUCUGGAAGGAUCAUCAACAUGAACACCUCCCUCUUCAAAUUUUUCGUGCACCGAGGGAUUCAACAGAUUCUCUCCAUUUACAGGGGGGGGAGACAUUUAUAUCCAUGCAAAAACUUCCACAGUUUCAGCAUGUUUGCACACUAAAACAGAUGACGAUGAUGACGAGGAUCAGGCAGUUGUGCAUGGUGAGCUCCGCUGCACAGCAACGAUUGAGAACAAGUCCCUGUCUGUAGCUACAGAAGACGAGGUGCGCAAGCAGCUGCAGGCCAAUAUGCUGGUUUGUGCAGCAUCUCAACUGCACCAACUAGCCGAGAAUGACCCACAAGGUGCGAAGAAUAUCAAUGUAAUCACCACAUAUGGAGUUGCAAUUGGCACUAGUGUCAGCCUCCCCUUGCUUCUUUUGAAACAAGUUGUACAUCUUGAAAGGUCAAUGCUUUGUUACGAGGAACUGUGGAGAAAACAAUGGACAGAAGAACAUUAUAUGCACAUUGACCGCGCACUUUCAUAUGUUUUGAAAAAACUGACUGAAUAGUAAUUGCCAUGCAUUAACACUCAAACUUAGAAGAUGUGUUCAUCUGACAUGCUUUACUUAUUAUGUUAAUCUUUGUUAUGCAAUGUGAGAAUGAUAAUAACAGAUUUGCAGCUGGACUGCAGUAAGGAA